AUGUCAGUCAGAAUAUUUGACCUCGAAGAAUGGCGCAUAUUGAAGGCCGCCCAACAUUUUAUGUUGAAAGCGGUUGAAAGCACUCUUGCUGACACGACGACACCAAGCCGACCAACCGGGAUCAGUACCGACCAGAUUGACAAGUUGAGGUUUCUCCGUUAUGAAUUCAUGAAAUUGGCAAUAUCAAUUGAAUUUGACAAGGAGAUUCAGCCCCAAGUCGCAGCCCAUUUUAAGAGUGAGACCUACAAAGUAUUCUCUUAUCUCGAGACUGUUCUCGUCACCCAGUUGCUUUCCAGCCGGCCUGCUAAACAUCAUAAAUUCCCUGCGUUGUGGGAACUGGAAUACAUUUUCUCAUCUAGCCAAGGAAGAGAAGCCCCGACACUAAGCGCUUUGCUGGUUCUCCCGCAUCAAAAUCUAGACAACUGGUUCGCUAUCCUCGAUAGGAUUACUGCCUUCAACAAAACAGCCGAGAAUCUCUUCUGGGCUCCUCCAUUGACAUCAGUACCUUCUUUGGGAGAUUCCCUACAAGACACUCUCAGUGCAGGACUUGUUCGAAAGAGCGGGGUGGAAACCACGUUGGAAUGUCUCGAGCAACAUUUCUCAAAGUGUCCUCGCCAGCCCGGUCAAGAGCAUUGCAUAUUGCUUCAAGCUUCUCGCAAGAAGUGGAAUGCUGAAGAUACCACUGAUACCACUGAUGCACUGUUUCUUUCUUCCUGUGCCCACCCUUCUGCGUGGCAGGAAACUAAGUGUUCGCACCAUGAGUGUUUGGCAAAUUCAGAGAACUCAUACAUCAUCGCAGAUAUCUGCGAUUCGAUAGCAGAAUGUCUGCAGUACAAUGAUCCACUUCACCUUAUGACUUUGAAUAACACGCUAUACAAAAUUGAUGGAGAUUAUACCCCAGGAUUAGAAGCGAUCCCAAAAAGGACAAUCCAAUAUCUGCUUGAUCAUCAGAUGUUAGUCCCUUGGAGCGCGACGGUUGAAUCGUCUGCUCCGUUGAAAAUACGGGAUAAGAGGGAGUUAGCCUUGAAUCUAGCCUGGUGUUUCGUGCACUUGUUCGACUUCAAGUGGAUGGAAACCGGCUGGUCUGCAGACCAAAUCUAUGUCCUAUCUUCGACAGCCGAUGAUUCAGCCCCCAUGAUCGCUGAAAUCCCUCCCUAUAUUACUUGUCAACAGCCGAAUAAGGAAGAGCCCAAGCUGCAACCAAAUAUGGGCAAACUUUUCACCGGGUCGGUUUUCUUAUCACUAGCAAAACUAUUGGUCGAAAUCGAAGUCGGGCGAAGCAUAAGCAUCGAAGAAAAGGACAAGUUUGGGAAUCCCAGUUUGUGGCUAACCAUUCGGAAACUUAUCAAAGAAAACCAGCUAUCACUAGCCUGUGAUGAUUACAUCUGGGCUAUUGACGGAUGCCUUGAUCUUCACAGGAACUUCGAUCGGCUGGUUCGAAAUAAGCCCGAGUCAAGCCCCGGAGAGAUCAUCUAUAAGAAUAUUGUUACGUAUCUCGAGAACGACUGGAACAAUUAUCAGAGGAAAACCUUGAAAAGGCGUCGUAGUGAGCAGAGCCUUGAUGGAUCGUAUUCUGGGAGCAAGGGGCGCAAGAAGGCAAAUCUCGAUAUUCGUGUGAGCUCGCAAGCCCAGAUUCAGGAAACUCCUUCUGCGGUUGAUGUCACUCCAAAGCGACUUCGGAGCCGUACCAAAUCUCUCGAGGUAGAUCACGAGCUCGAAAAGCGUUCAAUAAUUUCCAGAGAUUCUUUCAAUGUGGAAAUACACUCGCCCCCUGCCUGUCGGGAAGAAUUCGAAAUUGCGAUAAUAUGCGCGCUUGGGCAUGAAUAUACGGCCGUGGAGGAUAUUAUUGACCAAUUCUGGGAUGAUGACGGGGAUAAUUACGGUAAACUGCAGGGAGAUCCAAACCACUACACCACUGGCCGCAUUGGACACCACAACAUAGUUUUGGUACUUCUACCUGAAAUGGGAAAGACAAACGCAAGCAGUGCAGCCAACAGCAUACGCCUCAGCUACACCGGUGUGAGGCUUGCGCUUGUUGUUGGGAUAUGCGGUGCGGUGCCCAAAAACGGGGAUGAAGAUAUCAUGCUCGGCGAUGUAAUUAUUGGUGAGAAGGUCGUUCAGCACGACUUUGGGCGGAGAUAUGGCGACAGAUUCUAUCGAAAAAGUCACAACCUUGGAAAGGCAAACAAGGAAGUCAGCAGCAUCACUGGGAAAUACAAGACGCCCCGAUCAAAGAGGAACGUCGAAAACCACGCUGCGGAGAUACUAAAAGACCUGCAGAGUAGGACUGUGGCCCAAGGCCGCCAGGGUGAUUACGAUGACCCAGGGUAUGCUUCAGAUAGGUUAUUCAAACCCGAUUAUCGCCAUCGGCAUACGGUCUCUCCAUCUUGCAUCUGCGCAAGCUGCCUCAAAGACGCCGAUCCCACCUGCAGCGUGGCUCUAGUCUCAACAUGUAAAGAGCUUCAAUGCGACGAAAAGGAGAUGAUUCACAGGGAACCACGAUCUUCAUCUACGAGGACCCCAAUCAUACACAUCGGCGCCAUCGCAUCUGGUGACACCGUGAUGAAAUCCGGGAUCCAAAGGGAUACGAUUGCGAACGAACUAGGCGUCAUAGCUUUCGAGAUGGAGGGCUGUGGUGUCUGGGAGGAGUUGCCUUGUCUUGUGAUCAAAGGCGUGUGCGAUUAUGCGGAUAGUCACAAAGACAAGGCUUGGCAAAAGUUUGCUGCGGCAUCUGCUGCAUCGGUUGCCAAGGCAGUAAUACACAGAUAUAUCAAAACUGACAAGGCCAGUGGAGGUUCGUCUAGAGGCAGUGAGCUCUCAAUGGGAGACAGGUGGGAGACCAACACUAAUGGCAGUCAUAUUUAA